GAGAGCGGACGGGCUUGCGAUGGCGCUAGCGGAACUGGCUGCGCGGCUCAACUGCGCCGAGUACAAAAACUGGCUGAAGGCCGGGCACAGCCUGCUACUCUUGAAAGCUGCCCUGCAGCGCUUUGUCGGCGAGGAAAUCGACGCCUUCCACCGCCAGCUUAUCGCGAGCGACUGCGCUCGCUUAACCUCGCCAGGCCGUCGGUGUGGCGGGCGCUGCAUUCCUCGAGGCAAGCAGUUUCAGCCUAUCUGCUCCUUAUGUCAAGAAUGGAAAAAGGAGAUUUUGAGCCAUCACACAAAUAAGAUGGGAGAGAUUUAUUGGGGGAACUGCAGACCUUGGCUCUGGCCUUCUAACUCAUGGGAGUUGGCAAAGGCUUAUAUGCCUCGUGGGAAAGCUGAUACUAAUGGUCCUGACAAGUGUGAUGCAUCAGCACUUUUAAACCUUUUCAUUUUCUGUGAUCAUUUCAACAAUAUUGAUCCAAAGAAAAUCAGAGAGGUGAUAAAGUGCCGCAAUGAGCUAAUGCAUUCUGCAGACAUGAAAGUCUCUUUUUCCUGGCUGAAAGAAUUUGGAAAUCAUGUCCAAAAUUUGUUGACUGAAUUCUACCAUGUUCCAGAGGCUCAGACAGCUUGUCAUAGAAUACAAAAGCUCUUGGCGUCUGAUUGGGAUGUUCAUAUAGCAAGAGAAGAUCAGCUUGAUGGACUGGAAGGUGAAAUGAGCCCAAGCCAGAUCAGAGAAGCAGAAUUAGAACUGAUGAAAGAGAGACUUGAGGAAAUCCAUUUUCUUGCAGAAGAACAUGGAAUGACAUCAGAAGAGGAUUUAAAUAGAGUGAAAAGAGCAAGAGAUUUCUUACUGGACAACCAUGAACUCCAAAGUAAUUUGCAGACAGAAAUGCAGAAUCUAGAAGACCUGGUAAAAGAACUAAAUGGUGAAAAAGAAUUGGCAGGAGAUGCCCAAGAAGUGAAUUGAUGAAUGGACAAUGAGUCAAGUAUGUGCACUUCAAAUUUGCCGCUUCUGAUUUUUUUUCAGCAAGAUGUGUAACAUUUUGACCAUUUUAUGAGAUGUUACAAGAAAGUGUAACUGAAUAAAAAAAUUAAGGUGGCUUUUUGCUUAAAAGCUUGAAGGCAGAACAUUCAUAGGGAGGGCAAAAUGCUAUUUUUAAGAAUGGAAAGCAGAGGAAAUAAA